UCAAAAGUCAAAACAUACAUCAAAAGUUCCAAAAGUUCUAUUCGUCAUUAUUUUACUUAAUUUAAAGUUGAAUAUUUUUUAAACAACUUGCUUCAUACCUGCACAAGUGUUAUGAAACAUUAGAAAAUAAGUUAGUUUCAGUUUAAUAUCAGUGUAGAACUUUUCCACAGAAAUAGUUUUAAAUUAUAAAAUUAAUAUGCGCGUAUGAGUAACAGUUGAACUUUGUUUCCUUUGCGUGUUUAUAGCUACUGCUUGCCGCUGAAGUAUUUUCAUUUAUUUACAAUUUGUUUUCUAUGUAAAAUGGCGACGGAUAAGACGAUAAACCGACAUAAGCCGGGCACUGAGCGUUGCAAGAAUAAAGCCAGUAAGAUAUUUAAGGGAAUAGCCAUAAACAUGUUGAAGCAGAUGUUUUUCUUGUUCCGGUAUUAUCUGGAGAUGUUUAUAGACUUCCUCUUCUCUCUUUACUGGGAUGGACAUAGAAGGACCAUUCCAGCAUUGGACAAGAAACAUACUUUACUCAAAGAGAGUGCUGUGUCUUUAGCGGCGAAAAUCAGGUAUAAGGAAUUGAAAUCUAGGGAUCUGGUUGCAAUAUGCAUUGAAAGAAUCAAAUUGGUGAAUCCAUAUUUAAAUGCUGUGACUGAUGAAAGGUUUGAGGAUGCCUUAAAAGAUGCGGAAGAAGUUGACAGAAUGAUUGAAAAGGGCUUAUCAGAGGAAGAAUUUAAAAAGAAACCAUUUUUGGGCGUACCAUUCACGGCUAAAGAGAGUCACGCGGUAUUAGGCAUGUUGCACACUCUCGGUAUAGAAGCUCGCCGCGGCGUGCGCGUGGAUUAUGACGCCGAGUGUGUGCGCUUGUUGAGAGAGGCUGGAGCGAUACCAGUUGCUGUUACUAACGUGCCGGAGAUUAAUAAGUGGCAAGAGACCCGCAACAUGGUGUUCGGUCAGACCAACAACCCGUACCACUGCGGGCGCACGGUGGGCGGCUCCAGCGGCGGCGAGGCUGCGCUGUGCGCGGCGCUCGCCAGCCCCAUCGCGCUCUGUUCUGAUAUCGGUGGAUCAACAAGAAUGCCGGCUUUCUUCUGUGGCCUGUAUGGAAUCAACCCUACAGCGGGACACACAAGCCUAAAAGGAUCGGUUCUACGCAACGGCACAGAUCCAACAAUAGCAUCCAUCGGUUUCGCCAGCAAGCACCUGGUGGACCUGGUGCCUCUCACCAAGAUCGUGGCUGCGGAUAAGGCGGGGCUGCUGCAGCUGGACCGACAGGUGGAUCUCAAGAAAAUAAAAUAUUUCUACGUCGAGAGCUCUAAAGACAUAAGAAUAAGUCCUAUCUGCUCUGACCUAAGGAAGGCUAUGAAAAGGGUAAUUUCCCGUAUUUCGGACGAGACCACGGGCGACCGGUCUCCCCGCCGUUACUACCACAACGGCUUCAACUACAUGUUCGCGUUAUGGAAACACGCCAUGACGAAAGAAACUGAGGUUUUCGCGAAGAUGUUGACUAAUAACACCGGGGAAGUUAAUGGCGUCUGUGAGCUGGGGAAAAAGAUAAUCGGCCAAUCGUCAUACACAUUAGCGGCUAUAUUGAAACUGAUAGACGACCAAGUGUUGCCCGCUGUGAACAAAGAGUGGGCUGAGAAACUUACUGGCGAACUGAAGACUGAUUUACUGAACACUCUAGGCACGGACGGGGUGCUAUUGUUCCCCAGUGCCCCAAGCCCGGCGCCCUACCACUACAGUCUGUACUUGAGACCGUUCAACUUUGCCUACUGGGGCAUUUUCAAUGUGCUGCGAAUGCCGUCUAUACAGGUACCCCUAGGCCUGAACGCGGAAGGCAUCCCCCUCGGUAUACAAGUGGUAGCAGGUCCACAACAGGACGCACUGUGUGUAGCGGUCGCUCAGCAACUCACUGACAUGUUCGGGGGAUAUGUACCGCCCUGCACUGUGAAUUGAUUCGUUUGUCUGGCUGUGGGGAAGGAAGGAAUACACUAAACACGAGGGAAAUACAGAAAAUAUCAUUUUAUUGUCUAAAAAUGGAAGAAU